AUGUCUACAUUUAAAGCAGUCGAUAUUACGGGCCUAGAUAAGGUCGAGCUGAUGUUGGCUCUCUACGCGAAGGCAUGGCCAAGCAUGUACGAUAUUGGCCGACUCAGUGCUGAAGAAGCUCUUCGCUUUUUUGAUGAACAGAAGGGCGAUUUUGACUAUGUGAAUGGUCGCUGUUUCAAAUGUAACCUUAGCGGGGACUCGGUUGAUCCACGGCUUUAUGACCGUGAUGCUGGCGAGGGGCGGUUCCAGGAGAUUGUUACCAUGUUGCGUAAAAGCAACAGUUCCUAA